AUGAAAAAGUGUGUAUUAUGUAGAAGCAACAACCAAAAACAACAACAACAACAACAACAACAACAACAACAACAUGAAACCACUAACAUUUCAGAAGCAACCACUAUUAAUACAAUAGCAAUAAACCAACAACCAUAA